CAACUUGGAGAGCAGAACAAGGCUCAAGAGUACUUGGGUGUCGUGUGGAAAAUCCACAAUAUAUAGCUACAAUGGGAAUUUUCCAGCAGAGAAUUUCUGAUGGAAGCACCCAGUCUUCUGGAGGUAAUCGAUAAUAUUGGUGGGGGUCAGUUUCUCAUACUAGUGCCUCGAUUUAUGACCAUUUUCAGACAAACUGCGUUAGUUGUGAAUAGAUUGUGACUGGAGGAGACUCCUCGAGUGGUCUCUUCAUACAAAACGCGUCAGUUAAUAAUGUGCCUCUCAAUAAGACAGUGAAAAUUGUGAUGUGAUGUAAGGAAGAGGAAAAAAAAACGUGUGGGAGAUGGUCUCUUUAUGAUUGAAUAUCCCACAAGUGAUCAAUUGUCAGACAAUCCCUGUGAAGUGCAGUGCGCAAGAGGAUGUCACAAUUCCGUCAAUAACACUUCGUGUUCAUUGCUAUUCUAGUUCAUAAUAUUUAACUCUAUUCUUCCUUUCUUCAAACUACCGAUAAGUUAAUUUGUUUUAGAAUUUUUCUUGUGAUUUAAAUUUUUGUGCCAAUUUUGAAAGGUGUUGAACAUCUUUGAAGGGGAUUAACUUUGAAAAAUUAUCGCCUGAAGUCUAAAAUUUAAAAAAAAAAUGCUCGACGGUCUUAUCAAUUCCCUCUCGUUUAAUGCCUAUGUGGUGGUUGUGAUAUUGCUAUCAAUUGCUGGAAUUUGGGCUAUCAUCAGUUGGAGUUAUGACAACUUGAGAUCUCUCGUGCUCAUUGUAAAAGCAGUUCUAGCUCCCUAUUUCCUGCCUCAAGAACAUCAAACACUGGCUGAGAAAUUCGGAAGUUGGGCAGUGAUCACGGGUUCAACGGAUGGAAUUGGGAAACAAUAUGCCCGCGAAUUGGCCAGCCGAGGCAUAAACGUUGUACUAAUUUCGAGGACAAAGAAAAAAUUAGUGGAGGUGGCCAAUGAAAUAGAGCAAGAGUUUCAUGUGAAGACCAAAUGGAUUGCAGCAGAUUUCAGUCAAGGUCGUGAUAUCUAUCCCCGAAUCGAGGAGGAACUUAGAGGAAUUCCAGUGGGAAUUCUGGUGAAUAAUGUGGGUCGCAUGUACGACGGUCCUGAUGCCAUUGGUCAUGUCCCGGAGGAUCUUCUCUGGGACAUGGUGAAUAUCAAUUGUGGAGCUGUGACGAUGAUGACGCGUCUCUUGCUGCGAGGAAUGGUGGACAGGAGGAAGGGUGCCAUUGUUAACAUCUCGUCAGGAAGUGAACUUCAACCAAUGCCAUAUAUGGCCGUCUAUGGGGCCACAAAGGCAUAUGUUAGGAACUUCACUUUGGCCAUCCGCAAUGAAUUGGCGCCUUACGGUAUAACUGUACAACUCGUAUCACCAAUGUUUGUGGUCACAAAAAUGAAUCAAUACUCAGAACGACUUAUGUCCAGCAACAUUAUGAUUCCUGAUGUUGAAAUGUACACACGCAGCAUGGUCUUUACUUUGGGAAAAACAGAUCAGACGACUGGAUAUUGGUCUCACGCUGUUCAGUAUGCUUUUAUGAAGAUGGUGCCAGAAUGGUUGAGACUUAGGAUAGCUACAAGGAUGAAUUCUGGUCUUUCUGCCGAUUACUAUGCUCAAUUGAAGCAAGAUAAGAACGACAACAUCGAAACCAUGAUAACAACGCAGUAAUUGCAAAAAAAAUGCAGAAGGACUUCUUUCACUGGUGAAGCCUAUUUAUAAAAUGUUGCUUUAUGAAAUAAAAGAAAAAGAAAAACACCAA